AGCAACUGAUCACUGGCAAGGAGGAUGCCGCCAACAACUACGCCCGUGGUCACUACACCGUCGGCAAGGAACUCGUCGACUCUGUCUUGGACCGUGUCCGCAAGCUGGCUGACAACUGCAGUGGUCUGCAAGGCUUCUUGGUUUUCCACUCGUUCGGUGGUGGUACUGGCUCCGGUUUCGGUGCUCUCUUGAUGGAGCGUCUUUCGGUCGACUAUGGUAAGAAGUCCAAGCUCGAGUUCAGUGUGUACCCUGCUCCGCAGGUCUCGACUGCCGUUGUUGAGCCGUACAACUCGAUCUUGACCACCCACACCACCUUGGAGCACUCUGACUGUGCCUUCAUGGUCGACAACGAGGCCAUUUAUGACAUUUGCCGUCGCAACUUGGACAUUGAGCGCCCCACCUAUGCCAACUUGAACCGCUUGAUUGCCCAGGUUGUCUCGUCGAUCACUGCCUCGCUUCGGUUCGACGGUUCGUUGAACGUCGACUUGAACGAAUUCCAGACCAACUUGGUGCCAUAUCCUCGUAUCCACUUCCCCUUGGUCACUUACGCCCCCAUCAUCUCGGCUGCCAAGGCUUACCACGAGCAGCUGUCUGUGCCCGAAAUCACCUACUCGUGCUUCGAGCCUAACAACCAGAUGGUCAAGUGCGACCCCCGUCAUGGCAAGUACAUGGCCUGCUGCUUGUUGUACCGUGGUGAUGUUGUUCCCAAGGAUACCAAUGCCGCCAUCGCCUCCAUCAAGACCAAGCGCACCAUCCAGUUCGUCGACUGGUGCCCUACCGGCUUCAAGGUCGGUAUCAACCACCAGCGCCCCACUGUUGUCCCUGGCGGUGACUUGGCCGAAGUCCAGCGUGCUGUCUGCAUGCUCAGCAACACCACUGCCAUUGCUGAGGCCUGGGCUCGUUUGGACCAUAAGUUCGACUUGAUGUAUGCCAAGCGUGCUUUCGUCCACUGGUACGUCGGUGAAGGUAUGGAGGAAGGUGAAUUCUCGGAAGCCCGUGAAGAUUUGGCUGCCCUCGAGAAGGAUUACGAAGAAGUCGGCUCGGAUUCCCUUGGCGAUUCCGAGCUCGAGGAGGAAGUCGAGUACUAGACACGUAUAGCAGCGUUUAUAUACCUUCUCUCUCCCCCACCCUUUGAUGAUUCCAUCCUUUUGAUGAUUCCAUUGGAGAUAAUGAAUAAAAUCCAUUGAUCAAAUACAAUAACUGGUUCUCAUCAAUAUUACGACGUAUCAAUAACGCUUGUGUGUUUUUAUUAGCAUUGGUCGUCGACGAUGUAUCCCUUGCAUGA